UAAAGCGUUAUUAAGAUAUUUUUACACGGUUAAUUCUUCAUGUUCAGGUGUUACAAGUUGUUUUUGACUCGUUUAGCUGUGAUUUAGGUCUGUUUAGACUCUUUAAAGUCUGAAUAAAAGCCACGACAAAUCUCUUUGUGUUAGUAGUUUAGUGGAUGUUUAGAGGCUCCGUUUAGAGAAUGUAGAGGUUCACCUGAGUGUUGGGCUCGAAGGAUUUAUAGACCCCAACACGUAUAGACUAUCCACGCGCGUGUGUGUGUGUGUGUGUGUGUGUGUGUGUGUGUGUGUGUGUGUGUGUGUGUGUGUGUGUGUGUGUGUAAACGGGCUAUAACGUAAAUUAUGUUGUGAUAAAUCUCGAUGGGAGAAGUUUUAAAUAGACUUGUUGCAUCAAGUGCAGUGCUGAUGUUGUCAUAGCAACAGCAUCUUUACUGGUCCUGGAUCCGCCUCCAGGGUGGAAACACUAGCAGGUUACUGCGCAACGACUCCAGUGAGGCUGUUUAAUCACUUCUGGUAUAAAGAAUCAUUCUAGUUUCAUCCACCGUUUUAUGUAGACGUGGGUUUAUUUUAUACUUCACAUGAAUGAAGCUGAAUCAGGUUUUACGGCAGGUCAGGUGACCCAUCGGACCCGUUUCUGCUCUGAAACAACUCGCCGUGCUGUCAGAGUCUGUAGCUUAGGGCUUCUGACUCUUAUCGUGAGAAUGUUUCCCACGCCAAAACUUUUGAUAAUAAAAAAGAAAAAGAUGUGUGUAGGUUGGCAACACUCGUGUCCCUUUAAGAAGCUGUAGCACCUUGAGUCACACGUAAUACAUGUGACAGCCCCAUCUAGUGGACAACUUUUGUUCCUGAGCAUACCUGUAGUUAUCGAUCGUCCAUUCGUCGUUAUGGAGAUGACAUCCUCGAUAUAUCAUCAUAUUGAUUUCAGGCCGUAUCGCCCACCCAGCCCUACUGCAGCUCCAGUUUAACCGUCUUGUUUCCCUUCGUUUCAAAAUGUUCUUUGAGUUAAAUGACUCUGAGCUGUUCUGGUUGGUUCUGUUCGGGUGACCCAGUCCUGCUGCUGACGUCCGUGUACCUGUCAGAGGUCUCCUCCAUCUGCAGGUCGUGUGCGAGGACCAGUAGGAGGUCAUUCACGAUGAUCUCUCAGCUUUAAGGAGGCUGGAGGUGAUUCUGAGCAGAGAUGCAGCCGGUACCGUCGGCGCGGAGCAGACAGCCUGGACGGGUCAGGAGGGGAGAGACGAGCAGCGCCUCUGGGUCUGCGGAGCAGAAAACCAGAUUCUGUUUUUGUCUUUCAGGAUCACUGAGGUCAUCAGCUUGAUGAGUCAUGAAGAGAAGCAGGAAGGAGACAGAGGAAGGAGAGCAGAGAGGAAACGAGGAGGUGGGAAGGAAUCUGAGAGGGGGGUCAGAGGGAGGAGGGCGGAGUCAGAGGGAGGCGAAGACGAGUGGAGGAGGCUGAGGGGGAGACUCAACCAGCUGGAGAAGGAGAAGCUUCAGCUGACCUCCAGCUUCAACCAGGAGGUAUGUGGGCUCCAGGCGGAGCUGACACGCCUCCGGUCCUCAGUGGAGCGCGGCGAGGCUCAGAGGGCGAAGCUUCAGUACCAGCUGACCGCGAGCCGCAGAGCUGCCGAGCUAGCCGCCGAGCUCAGCAGAGACAGACACACUCUCACAGAGCGGGCGGCAGAGCUCCAGCAGACUGUCCACGACCUGCAGAAGGCUCUGAGCAUCAUGCGGCAGGCCCGGGACGAGGACCAGCAUGCUUUGCAGCAGGAGCUGGAGGAGCGAGACCGACUGAUUCAGAACUUUGGCUCUGAGAACCAGAGAUUGCACCUCCUGCUGCAGGAUCAGGAGCGGGCACUGGAGGAGUCUGAGACGAGGAUGGUGGAGGUGCAGAGGAAGAAGCAGAAGGAGGAGGAGGAGAACGGACGACUGGCAGAAGAGCUGAAGAUCCUGAAAGAGAAGGAGGAGAAGAGCCGCAGGGAAAAGGAGGUGUCGGAUCAGAGGAUGGAGUCUCUGGAGGCGGAGCGAGCCGAUCACAUGGAGGCCAGGUACAAGGUGGAGCUCCUCCAGCUCCGUGUGAGGGACCUGGAGGUGGUGGUGGAGGUGGAGCGCUCCAACCAGCAGGAGGCGCAGCGGGGACUGGAGCUGCUGCAGACUCAGCUCAGAGAGGUGGAGCGAGCCUACAGUCUGGAGAGAGAGAGGAGCGACAGCGCUGAGCGCGCUCAGCAGAGGUUACAGACUGAGUUCAGUCAGACUAAGUCUGAGAUGACUGUUGCCUUGGAUACUGAGAGGAAGAGGACCUCUGACCUCUCAGAACAGUUUGAGGAGGAGAAGAAAUGUCACGCCAACACACACAUGCUGCUGCAGCAGGCAGCUGAGAGGCGGUCGAGCACGGAGGAGGCUCUCAGGACCUCCAUGAAACAGAUCAGGGAUCUGCUGCAGCAGCACGGUCAUUCACCAGCUGCAAAGGAUUCUGGGAGUUCUGCUGAGGUCCUGCUGCUGUUGACCGAGACUCUGAGCUCCUACAGACUCAGGCUGGAGGAGUCCACCAAACAGGUCCAGGACCAGCAGCGUGCUGCACAGGAGCUCCAGGAGCAGAACCGGCUUCUGCAGCAGCUGACCUCAGAUCAGAAGGGACAAGCAGAGGGCUGGCGGCUGGAGUUGGACCAACUGAAGGAGGAAGUGACCCAUCUCCAUCAGCAGAGAUCUGAUUGGUUGACUCACCGUCAGCGUGUGCAGGAGGAGAGAGAGAAGGAGGAGCAGGAGAGGAAGGAGGAGCUCCAGAAGAUAACCACCGACUUCAACAAAGAGUCAACGGUACACCUGUCCUCCCUCUACGCUCUCUACCAGCAGCUGCUGGUCGGCCGCUGCCUCCUCUCUCAGCCCCAGAGCAUUGUGGGAGACUUUACCUGGAAGGAGCUGUGUGAUGUCAUCAGUGAGCACGUGGACCAGCUGACCUCUGACCUGCAGAAGGCCAAUGAGCAGAUCGCCCACCUGCAGAGAGUGUGUGACAGGAAGAGUGUGUGUGUGCGUAAGCUGCAGCACAGUCAGGAGUGUGUGUUGGCUCGUCUGGAGAAGAGCGUGAGGAGGAGGGAGGAGGCGUGGAGCAAGAAGUACACAGACACCGUCAGGCAACUACAGGGCCAGCUGCAGUCGAGUCUCUCUCUGUGCGACUCCCACCGGGACCGCGCCUCCUCUCUGGAGCACCACUGCUCCUCCCUGACCUCUGACCUCUCCCGGCUCCAGAGCCUCCUCUCCAGAAGCCAGCGGGAGUCCUCCUCCACCUCCUCCGCCUGCUGCCUGCUGGGUGGAGCUCUGAGACACGCCCACCAGCGUCUGAGCGCGCUCAGUGAGCAGAAGAAGCUCUUGUCCAGACGGCUGGAGGAAAGGGAGGGGCUGGAAGGGGAGGUCAGGAGGCUAGUGGACGCUCUGGGAGGUGAGAGGGACAAGGAGGUGGUGGAAGAGGAGAGGAGGAGGAGGACAGUGAGGAGGUGGAGGAGGAGCGUAUGGGUGGUGCUGGCCAUGAAGUGGUGGUGCGCCCUGACCAAGAAGAAGACUGUGCUGCUCUACCUGGACAGAGGAGGAGGAGCUGUGGGCGUGUGUGGAGGCUUGUUUACGGCAACACAAAAGGGUCAAAAAGCUCCUGAGACAGCUGAAGAUGCUGAGGCUUGUUUUACCCGCUGGCUUCAGUCUGAGCAGCUCUUCUCCAUCAUCCUGUCCUCCAUGUCUGACCUGCAGGAGGCGCUUGCUCACCGCGGCUCCUCCCCUCCUAGUGUAAUCUCAGCUGCUUGCUCAGGCUUGUCCCGCCUCCUGGACCACCUCCUCGACCAAUCAGCUGGGAGCUUCUCUGGUGGAGCGAGCGAGUGGCUGAAGCUCGGUCUGAGCGGUCGGGCGCUGGACCUGAAGGCCCUGGUGUCGGCCCUCCAGCAGCACUUCCUUCUAUUCAGCCAACGCCUCCAUUCAGCUGAGGUAGAGAGGCGGAGCCUAAGGCUGGAGGUGACCAAUCUGAGAAGAGGUCUGCAGCAAGGGGUGCCGAACGACCAUUUCCUGAGUGUGUGUGAGGAGCUCCAUCAGGCUCUGAGCAGAGAGCAGGAGGCCCAGACGCUGAUCCAGGAUCAGUCUAAGCAGGUGCAGACUCUGAGCCACAGCACCCAGGAGCUGUCAGAGGCACGGAGGGAAGUGGCCCGGAAGGAGCGCUCCCUAAGGAUUCUGGGUAAGCACCUGUCGGGGCUUCAGAAGGAGAAGCAGCAGCUGGAGGAGCGUCUGCGGCGAGCUGAGGAGGGGCAGAGAGACCUGAGCAGACGUCACACAUGUGUCGUCAACUGUUUAAAGUCUGCAGAGACGAGCUGUAAGCAGGUCAGAGAGAGUCUCAGCCAAUCACACGACUCCAUAUCCAGUCAGCCACGCCCCCUCCUCCUACCUCUAGAACACCUGGAGCUGAGGGGAGCAGAGAGCAUCAUGGGAGCUCCUGAGGUGGCCAUGUGCCAGACGUUUCUCUCCGUCGUCUCCCAACUGUGUCACGCCUGCAUCUCCAGGAUCGGCUGGCUGGAGCAGGAAGUCUCCGCCCACCGCAGUCAUGUGACUGCUCUGCGCAGCGAGCUGCAGGAUGCUUGUCUCCGUGACAACCAGGCCUUUGUCCCUGUUGAAGAAUUCCCUGAACCCUUCCCACCUGCGGAUCCAGAAACACCUGAGCCCGUUCCUCUCUCUGGUUUGUCGAAGGGAUCAGUAGCUUACAUAGGCCCCGCCCCCUCAUGAAUGAACCACGCCCCUCUUACAUCAUUUCAACGUGAAGCCUGAUCUGGUCCUGAACCGGGGGUGGUCCAGACCGUGUGAGGAUGUCGGUGUCGGUUCUCCCAGCUGGUCGGUGACAGACGCCUGAAGCCCAGAUGUUCACCCACUUCCUGUGACAGAAGAACAUCUGGCUCAUCUGGAGGUGUUGAUGCUCCUGUCACCAGAGCAGCUCCAGGACUUGUCAUCUGAGGAGAGAACAUGUGAGCACACAUCAGCUGAAAGGUUUUCCUCUCUAACAUGGAUCAGUGUUGCUCCAGACAUCGUUUAGCUGUUUGUUACCAUGACGAUAAAGCUCUAAUCCCUGGUAGUUGUUGUUGUGGUUAAACCCGAUGCAUUUAUAACGUUUCAUUUAAAUCAGGUUCUGUUUAUGUCUGCUUGUACAUGAAAACACCUAAAUGUUAAAAACAAA